UCCUCAAUCAUAACAUAUGUUUGUGUGUAUGUUUGCUUCUACCACACGUGUGUUCAACUGUUUCUCCCGAACAAACAAUUUAAAAUGAAGCAAAAGCACUCUAAAAACAGGGCGAAACCCUACAAAAAAACAACACCCGUGCGCCGAAAUGAAAGGUUCUCGAAAAACUAUAGCUUCAUCCAGAGGAGCAAGCAAAUGGAGGAGUCCCAUCGCAGGGAGAGAAUUCCGGCAGUCCCAAAACAGGAAUAUGAACCCGUUGCCGAACUGCUGCCAGAGAUUCAGGACGAUGUUGAUGAGGCUGGAUUCUACGAACAACUCGUGACUGGAUAUAAUCACAUUCCCACAAGUCAGAUUCUUAGCUCAAAUACGGAGGACACAGUUAUUCCGGUGCCUAAAAAGAUAAAACCCAAUAAGGAAAAGCGUUCUGUGCAGAUAAAUGCGGAAUUGGAAACAUACAAUUCGUUUACAAAACGCUUCGAUUUUGAGCUGUCCACAGACAAUAUCAACGAUUUGAUUGCGGGAAAAGAUGUGAAGAGCAUCAAGAAUAAUUGGUCUGCUUUGGGGAAUGUAAAGUUUGAGAUUCCACAAAUGUCUGAAGACUUCAAAGAGCCUGAUUGCAACGAACCCAAAGACAUUACCACUUCGUCAGAUCUCCAAAAAUUGGAGGUAAAACUGUCCAUUUGCGGAAACGCCAAGCUUCCACUCACCGCCCUGCAGUCGCAACUCUUCUACGUUGCAAAUAACUAUCAGGAUAUUUAUUACCCCCACCGAACACAUGCUAAUGCCGAGGAUAUCCGAUAUGUAUACUGUCUGCAUGCCCUCAACCACAUGCUUAAAGUCAGGUCCCUGAUAUUGCGUAACAACGAAAAGGUUUCAGCACUGGCUAAAUCCCAGAAAUUGUCGCCAAACGAAAUCUCUAUACCAGAAAGCUUCAGAGACCAAGGACUGAAGCGGAUGAAAGUAGUUUUCAUAGUGCCUUUCAGGGAGUCGGCACUAAAGAUUGUCAAUAUAAUCGGAGACCUACUUUUCGGCAGCCAAGAAGAUCAGGCUAGAAAGACCUCAAUUGCCAACUAUGAACGCUUUCUGGGAGAUUACUCUGGCAACACGAUAUAUUUUCCAAAAACCAACCCCAAGCCAGUGGACUAUGAACAAACGUUCAGUGGCAACACAGAUGAUAACUUUAAACUGGGUAUUCGCUUUACCAAGAAAACAAUGUCACUUUUUUCCGAUAUGAACUCAUCAGACAUAUUGAUCGCGUCUCCCUUGGGGCUGAGAAUGCUGGUUACAGACAAGGAUAGUGACUUUGACUUUUUAAACUCUAUUGAACUGCUUAUAAUUGACCAAGCCGAACUCUUUUUGGCGCAGAAUUGGGAAAAUCUUUUACACUCUCUGGAUCACCUACAUUUGCAGCCGCAGAAGCUGCCAGAUACAAAUUGCCAAAGAGUUCGAACUUGGUGCCUCAGUGGAGCUUCAAGUUUCUACCGCCAAACCCUGUUUUUCUCAUCCCAUGAGCUCCCAGAAUUCCGAGCAGUGCUCAAUAGUAAAUGCAACAAUUACCAGGGGAAAGUACGGAUCACGAAUCUGAUCGAGAAUGGAGAUAUCCGCAAUGUGCUGACACCAAUUCAGCAGGUUUUCCGCCGAAUCAGUUGCUCCAACGUGGAGUCAACAUUCGACGAUAGAUUUCAAUACUUCGUCAAACAUAUUAUGCCCCAAUUCAGAAAGCCCGGGUUUUCCCAUUGCAUGCUCUACGUGCCCAGCUAUUUUGACUACGUACGGAUACGAAAUUAUUUCAAAACCGAAAUGGUCAGUUUUGUUCAGAUAAAUGAGUAUACAAAGAAAGAAAAAAUUUCCCGGGCGAGAGAUAUAUUCUUCCACAGCGGAGCAUCUGUUCUACUGUACUCGGAAAGAGCACACUUCUUCCGGCGCACCAGAAUUAAGGGCAUACGGAAUUUGAUUAUGUAUCAACCUCCCAACUUUCCGCAUUUUUAUUCUGAAAUGAUCAAUUUGAUGCUCGAGUCCAAUCAAAACCCACGGGAUGGUUUCGGUGAAGAAAUGUCCGUCAAUAUCCUGUACACAAAAUAUGACCUGCUAAGUUUAAGUAACAUUGUUGGAAGCGAAAAUGCUGUUAAAUUGACUUCGGGUAAAAAAGAUUCUUACCUUUUUUCCAAUAAAACAUAAAAGCCUUCAGUAGCUGA